AUGAAGCGGAUCGACAACGAUACCUGGUGGCGCACGGGCAACGUGGAGAACGAGACCGGGGCCGGGCCCGGGGUUGGUGACAGGAGGAAUGAGUGGAAUCAGUUCAUCGACUCCGCAAGGCUGCAGAGUAUCCUGCCUCCUGAAGCAAUUUUAGGUCCGCGGAAGGAUGAACCCAAAGAUGAAACCAAAGAUGAACCCAAGAAGGAGACCGUUGAGAACAAUGAGAACAAUCAAGGGUCCUUUGAGCAGAUUGGCGGAUUUAUAGCCACAGCUCCCACAUGGGCUGAGAUCUGUGAGCCUCAUGAGUGCUUGGCAUGGGCAGUUGUCUAUGAGGAGAAUCCAGACUACCAAUCAGCUCUGCAGCAGUUUCCUCCGCCUCUGGGCUUAGAGCAGCAGCUGCGGCCAGUUGGUGAAAUUCGUGGGGUGUUAACUUUAGCCACGGGUACUGCUGCUAUGGAUGCAGCCGGGGAUGGCAGUGCGGACCCCUUUGCACCGGCGUGCAUACCACGAUUUGCUGGCGAGCGGAAUGCCCAAAAAGGAAGCACCCCAGAGAAGGACACGGAUACUGCUAAGAUCAAACCUCAUUGUACAGAUCCACCGAAAGAUGAACCCAAGGAUGAACCCAAGGGUAAACCCAAGGAUGAACCCAAGGGUGAACCCGAUGAACCCAAGGAUGAACCCAAGAAGGAGACCAUUGAGAACAAUGAGGGCAACGAGAACAAUGAGAACAUUGAGAGCGGUGCAUUGUUCUGA